AUGCAGCUUGGAGACAUGGAUAAGCCUCACACCAAUGGUUCGGCUACUGCCAACCAGCCUGUCAAUGGCGACGACACCAAUGGCAUCGCUAUCAAUGGUGAUACCCAUCCCAAACAUACCAAAACGUACGAAGAGAGGGCCGAGGACUCUAUCAAAAGAGAAAUCGAUCUUCAAGUCAUGCGCUACCCAGAAACUGGCAUCACAGUUCUCAUCGCUGGUGCUGGUCUGGGAGGUAUAACCUGCGCUCUCGAAUGCUGGCGCAAAGGCCAUACCGUCCGUGUUAUAGACCGCAGCCCUUCUCCCGUCUGGACAGGCGACAAUGUCCAGAUCCAACCCAGCGCAAUUCUUCUUCUUCGACAUUGGCCUGACAUGGGCUAUGAGAUUGAGGAGAACCAGUAUGAUGUCGCUAUGUCAUACUACAAACAGACCGGCGAGAGGAUCUGGGGUCCUGCACCCCCCAUGUUCAAUGACCCCGAGAACCUGAAGGGUCGACGUGGCUUCCCGUCUGUCAAUGCGCACAGUCGCAUUAAACUGUACCGCGCGUUCCUGCGACAGGCAGAGCGUGUGGGAAUCAAGGUAGAAUGGGGCCACAAGGUCGUUGAGUACUGGGAGGAUCUUGAACAAGGCGCUGGUGGUGUCACCCUUGAGAAUGGAGAGAAGAGGACUGCUGAUAUCGUUGUUGCCGCCGAUGGGCUUCGUACCAAGUCGAAUACUAUUGUUCCGAUGCCUGAGACGCUGACGACGAGUGGAAAGGCGAUUUAUCGGGCAGGUUAUCCGGUCGAGUAUGCGCUUAAGGAUCCUCUUGUUAAGGAGAUGUGGAACUUUGAUCCUGAGGGACAGCCUAUUUGGCAGUUUUGGCUUGGAAAUGGCUCCCACAACAUGAUUGCGCUCACAAAGGAUAUCGCGUUUUGGAGCUUCAUCCACUCGCACGAUGAAUCUGCCAACGAGUCCUGGGUUCCAGACGUCGACCCAGCCGAAGUCAUCGCCGCAAUGGAAAAGAACAACGCCGUUCAUCCAGCCGUAGCAGCCUUCAUCAAAACAGCCCCCAAAGGCUCCGUCGUAAACUGGCAACUCAAGUUCCGCGACCCCCACGAACAAUGGACAUCCCCCGGCGGUCGCGUCGUCCAACUUGGCGACGCAGCCCACGCAUUCCUACCAACCUCAGGCAACGGCGCAACUCAAGCUAUCGAAGACGGCAUAACCCUCGCAACAUGCCUCCAACUCGCCGGUAAAUCCCAAGCCGCCAACGCAACCAAGGUAUACAACAAACUCCGCUUUCAGCGCGUCUCAUGUGGUCAGAAGAUGGGUUUCGUGAACCAGCAGCUCAAGCAGCACACAGACUGGGACGCCAUUGCCAAGAACCCUGCCCUGAUCAGAUCGCGAUAUCCGAAGUGGGUUUGGAGCCAUGAUGCUGAGGCGUAUGCGUAUGAGAAGUUUUGUGAGGCUCUGCAUCAUGUUUUGAGUGAUGGGAAGAUUCCGUUGCAUAAUACGAAUUUUCCACGGGGACAUAAGUAUAGGCAUUGGACGAUGAAGGAGGUGCAGGAGCAGAUUAAGGUGGGGCAGAAGUUGGAGGAUUUGCAAGAUGGGGAUUGGGCUUAG